AUGCCUGGUGGCUUCAGCUUCAACUCAUUCGGCGGCAGACCCGGAGGAGGUAAUGGAGGAGGUUACCAGGUUUUGUCGACGCCAAUAACAUAUUCGCACAGUUCUGUGGAGGCAAUAUGGGCGGUAUGGGUGGUAUGGGCGGUUGUGGUGGCCAGAGAAUGGGAGCAUCGAUUCAAUGUUUUAAAGAAUCCGAAUAUACAUACGUGGCAGAUGGCGUUGAUGAACGUGGCGCAUCAGUUGUUGGCACCUCCCGUAGGGGCGAAUCCUUAACGGUGUCACUGUUUUUGGGGUCUUCGUUAAAGUCACGAUCAUUAAUAUAGA